AUGCAUACAGAUGUGGUGCUGCUCAGCAUCCUCCUCUGGAUGGUCGGGGUGUCUGGGCACUGGCGCCCCAGAGGGCAACAUCUGCGUGCUUAUAGAGAGGUCAGAUUAACAGAAGAUACGUCUCCAACAGAAAGACCCAGUCACAAGAUUGGCGGGCCAAUAUUUAAGAGAAGUCCAGAUAUAACCAAAGCAAGGGGGACAAAGUCCGAGCAGCUGCUGAGGAUAAAUGAUCACGAUUUUACAAUGCGACCAGGCUUUGGAGGGCCUGCUGUCCCAGUUGGAGUGGAUGUUCAGGUGGAAAGCCUGGAUGCUAUUUCAGAGGUUGAUAUGGAUUUCACUAUGACCUUGUACCUGAGGCACUACUGGAAAGAUGAUCGUCUGUCCUUUAAAAGCAACACCAACCAGAGCAUGACCUUCGAUGGUCGCCUGGUGAAGAAGAUAUGGGUCCCUGACAUGUUCUUUGUCCACUCCAAGAGGUCUUUUACACAUGACACCACCACCGACAACGUCAUGCUGCGCGUUUACCCCGACGGCAAAGUUCUUUACAGUCUCAGAGUAACAGUCACAGCCAUGUGCAACAUGGACCUUAGUCGCUUUCCUCUCGACACACAAACCUGUUCAUUGGAGAUUGAGAGCUAUGCAUACACAGAUGAUGACCUGUUACUGUACUGGAAGGAGGGGAACAAGUCUUUAAACACGGAUGAGAAAAUCUCUCUCUCUCAGUUCCUCAUCCAGGAGUUUCAUACGACUACAAAGCUGGCCUUUUACAGCAGCACAGGCUGGUACAAUCGUUUGUACAUUAACUUCACGCUCCGGCGGCACAUCUUUUUCUUCCUGCUGCAGACAUACUUUCCUGCCACUUUAAUGGUCAUGCUGUCCUGGGUGUCCUUCUGGAUCGACCGCAGGGCUGUUCCCGCCAGAGUGCCCCUCGGUAUAACUACUGUGCUAACCAUGUCCACCAUCAUCACCGGAGUAAAUGCCUCCAUGCCCAGGGUGUCUUACAUCAAAGCUGUGGACGUCUAUCUGUGGAUCAGCUUCGUCUUCGUGUUUCUGUCCGUCAUAGAAUAUGCUGCAGUCAACUACCUGUCCACUCUACAGGAGCGCAAGGAAAGGAAACUGCGUGAGAAGCUGCCAUGUACUUGCGGCAUAGCUCACCCUGGCAUGAUGUCAGCCAGCUACAGCGAGGUGGACGUCAACACCACAGGAAACUACGGCAUGCCGGAGGAGAAUGGAGUAAGAAGACAAAGAAUGCUGGUUGAACUGGCCAUGGAGAAGGACCAGGUGACCGGCCAUGUUGGCUCCAGGGCCUACAGCAGCGUCUGGAUUGACACACACGCCAUAGACAAGUACUCCAGGGUCAUCUUUCCUGGGUCAUAUAUCCUCUUCAACAUCAUCUACUGGUCUAUUUACUCUUAAACCUUAAAUACAUCUGACAGAUGUGGGAAACAUCUGCUUAUUUAAUUGAUAUACUUGUCAUUAAUUGAAAGUGAACCAUUUUUGUAUGUUUAUAUCCAACUUUUUCAACCAUAUCUGUUUACACAAAAAGACGGACUGAAUGAAAAACUGCUCAAUCCAGAGGAAAACGGAUGUUUGUAUGAUAAACAUUACAUUUCACUUUACUAUUGGAUCCAUCCAUCCAUCCAUUUUCUUGCACGCUUAAUCCCAAGUGGGGUCGCGAGGGAUGCUGGUGCCUACCUCCAGCUGUCUACAGGCGAGAGGCAGGGUACACCCUGGACAUGUCGCCAUCCAUCGCAGACUAUUGGAUCCAGUUGGGUUUUUUGGGAUUAUGACGCUAGCUGCUGUGGGGAAAGAAAAACAAAUAUUCAUGAGCUUUAUGCUAGAGGGUUUUCAUGGUGCUGCUAACGAUCUGAUAUUGGUGUUAUAUUAAAAUGAACAAAAGGUUUAACUGGAUUAGACUGGAUGUCAGACUUUCACUGAAAUUCAAAACCGAAUAAGGUUGAUUGAACUGCAGUAAAUUGCUGCUUCACUUGUGAAAAGUUGUGGUGAAGUCUGGACUGACAGCCUAACAACAUUGUGCUGAAUCUGUAUUUUUAAAGGUUUCUCCAAUAAAAGCCUGGGCUGAUCUCUGAUGUGUUACUAA